CAUACGAGACUUGACAAAAAAGGUUUUUUCGUUCUGCCUCUAUCCCAACCUCACUCUCUUCUUUCUCCACCGGCGAUUCUCAUACGACGGUAAUCUCGCCGGCACUGCCAUCCACUCUCCCCCUCUCCACGAUUCCACCGUCACCAGCACCGUACUUCCCAAUGUCAAAGGCUGUUCUCUCUCAUAUCAAACCUCGUCACCGCCUCAAACCUCCCUCCUCUUCUUCUCUGCCUCCACGCAUCAAAAACCUCAUCACCGACGUUAUCCAUAUCCUCAAAACCCAUCAAUAUCGUGACUCUCUCGAAUCACGCUUCGCUGAAUCCGAAGUCAUUGUCUCUGAUGUUGCCCAUUUCGUUAUUGAUCGAAUUCAUGACCCUGAACUUGGUUUAAAGUUUUUUGACUGGGCUUCCACUAUUCCCUUUUCUUCUCCUCUUAAUGGACUUGCUUAUUCUUCUCUUCUCAAGCUAAUGGCCAAGUAUAGAGUUAUCUCGCAGAUGGAGUUCGUGUUGGAAAAUAUGAAAGCUCACAACUUGAAACCUACACUUGAAGCACUAAACAAUGUUAUUUGUGUGUAUGCGGAAAAUGGGUUUGUUAAUAGAGCACUUCAGUUGUUCCAUACGGUUCGUGAAUUGCAUAAUUGUUUUCCAAGUGUGUUUGCUAACAAUUCAUUGCUUAGUUGUUUGGUGAAAAACGGGAAAGUUGAUGUUGCACUUGAAGUGUAUGAUAAAAUGCUUCAGAAGGGUGGUGGUGAUGGUAGUGGUAUGGAUGUGGUUGUUGAUAACUAUAGUACCUCAAUUGUGGUGAAGGGUUUGUGUGAUCUUGGGAAGGUUGAGGAAGGUAGGAGAUUGAUUAAUUAUAGAUGGGGAAAAGGUUGUGUUCCACAUGUAGUGUUUUAUAAUGUGAUCAUUGAUGGGUAUUGCAAGAUGGGUAAUCUUAAAGGUGCUAGUAAAGUUCUAGAGGAAUUGAAAUUGAAGGGCUUUUUGCCGACGUUAGAAACUUACGGGGCUUUGAUUGCUGGAUUUUGUAAAGUUGGGAAUUUCGAAGUAGUUGAUCAACUUUUGAAAGAAAUGAAUGUGAUGGGAUUGAAUGUGAAUGUGCUAGUGUUCAAUAAUAUUAUGGAUGCUCAAUACAAGCAUGGUUUGGUGGAAAAAGCUGCCGAGACAAUGAUAAGGAUGGAUGAGAUGGGUUGUGAACCAGAUAUUAGGACUUAUAAUAUUCUGAUUAACUUUUCAUGUAGCGGUGGAAGGAUUAAAGAAGCUGAAGAGUUCCUAGAGAGGGCAAAGGAAAGGAGAUUGCUGCCUAAUAAGUAUAGUUAUACACCCAUCAUGCAUGCUUACUGUAAACAAGGGAAUUAUGUUAAGGCAUCCGAUAUUCUUUUUAAGAUUGCUGAAAGUGAAGCAGGAGGUAAACCAGACUUGGUUUCAUAUGGAGCUUUUAUCCAUGGAAUUGUCACCGUUGGGGAAAUUGAUGUUGCACUGAUGGUCCAAGAGAAAAUGAUUGAGAAGGGUGUAUUUCCUGAUGCUCAGAUUUACAAUGUUCUGAUGAAUGGUCUCUGCAAGAAAGGAAGGUUUCCUGCUGCCAAACUACUACUUUCAGAAAUGCUUGAUCGAAACUUACAACCUGAUGCGCAUGUUUAUGCCACCUUGGUAGACGGGUUUAUUAGAAACGAUGAACUUGACAAGGCAAUAACACUUUUUGAAGUUGUGAUGAGUAAGGGUAUAGACCCUGGCAUUGUGGGGUACAACGUCAUGAUUAAGGGUUUAUGUAAAUUCGGAAAGAUGACCAAUGCUGUAUCAUACUUAAAUAAGAUGAAAAUUGCGCAUCAUACUCCUGAUGAAUACACUUAUUCCACUGUUAUAGAUGGAUAUGUAAAACAACAUGACUUAGAUAGUGCACUCAAGAUGUUUGGACAGAUGAUGAAACAGAAAUGCAAGCCAAACGUAGUUGCCUACACCUGCCUGAUCAAUGGAUUCUGCAAAAAAGCAGACAUGAGCAGGGCUGAAAAGGUUUUCAGAGUGAUGGAAUCUUUUAAUUUAGAGCCUAAUGUUGUCACUUACACCAUACUUAUUGGUGGUUUUUGUAAAGCCGGUAAACCUGAAAAAGCUGCAUCAUUUUUUGAGUUAAUGCUGAUGAGAAAUUGUCUUCCAAAUGAUACUACAUUCCAUUAUCUCAUAAAUGGCUUAACAAAUAUUACAGACAGUACACUUAGCAGAAAAAAUGAGGAAAUUGGCAGGUCCUUGAUUUUGGAUUUCUUUGCAACAAUGAUAUCAGAUGGAUGGAGUCCAAUGAUUGCCGCUCAUAAUUCUAUUAUUGUUUGUCUUUGUAAGCAUGGAAUGGUUGACACUGCCCAGUUGUUGCAAACUAAAAUGCUGAGGAAGGGAUUUCUUAUGGAUUCUGUAUGUUUCUGUGCCCUGCUACAUGGCUUAUGUCAAACAGGAAAGUCAAAAGAGUGGAAGGACAUUAUAUCCGGCGAUAUGAAAAAGAUUGAAUUCCAAACUGCUUUUGAGUACUCCCUGAAAUUAGACAAACGCCUUUAUCAAGGAAGGCUCUCAGAGGCUUCGAUUAUAUUACAGACCUUGAUUGAAGACUCCAAGUUUUCUGAUCAACAAGACAGAGAUCAAAGAGUUACAAGCUUGUAGUAAAGCACGGAGUGAAGAAAUUCCCAUACUUCAUUCGAAAAUUCUACAACGAUACAUUGUUAUUCAAACCAACAGUCUCAUAUAUCUCUUAUGAAUGCACUGCAAAAAUGACAGUUGCAUAGACUUAAAGGACGCCCAUAUUUUUAAUGCUUGGGGACAGCAGGGAACAAAAAGUCAAUGCAUAAGAAUUAAAUACUUUUGCUAGAUGUGGAGAAGAUCAUUGGCUGGGCUAUGAGUUAUCAUUUUAUACAUUCAUAUGAAGCUUCUACCAAAGAAUUUAAGUGUGUGAUAACUGUAGAAAGCAUUAAGUAUGGGUUCUUCAAGGGAUCCAAAAUGAGAACAAGAGCGUAAAAAAAGUCACUGAAGGAUGUGGUUACUGAGAAUAAAUUUGAGAAAAAGUUGUUUGGUGAUGAUAUUGAAGCUUCAGAGAAUGUGAAGGACACCUUGAAGGAGUUGACCAUGCUUCCUCUUAAAUAAAAGGCCUGAACUAUUUUGUAAAGGACAAUUAACAAAGGUGGAAAUAUUUCUUGUUACUUUUAAUGACUCGUGAAACACAAUAUUUAGUAGAUGAUGCAAUCAUGCAAUGUGUAGCAUCAGCACCUUAAUGUUUCACUUAUUUGAACAUAGCUUUGUAAGGGAAUAUUGCUUUUCAAGCCUCCUGGUACGGGAAAAACAAUGCUCUCAGCGCUGCAAAUUGAGUUUUCUUUAUGUUGUCAGUUUCCCUGUGUAUUUUAGCCUCAAGAUAACUAUGUUUCUGUUGCAGUGGUUUGACGAAGGAGAAAAAUAUGUCAAAGCAGUCUUCUCCCUAGCCAGCAAAAUUUCUCCCAGUGGUAUAUUUGUUGAUGAGGUUGACAGUAUGUUAGGGAGACGUGAAAACCCCAGUGAGCAUGAGGCUAUGCGUAAAAUGAAGAAGAAUGAGUUUAUGGUAAAUUGGGAUGGUUUGCGUGCAAAAGAAAAAGAGUGUCUACUUGUUCUUGCUGCUACAAAUAGGUCUUUUGAUCUUGAUGUGGCUGUUAUUAGGAGGCUUCCGCUGAGAUUGAUGGUUAAUUUGCUAGUGUCGCUCCAAAUUCUAAGUGUCAUUUUGGCGAAAGAAGAAUUGGCACCCGAAGUUGAUUUGCAAGCAAUGUUAAUGGAUACUCUGAUCUAAUAGAACCUAAAUGUGGUUGUUCUAUAUCUUUGAAGACUUACAUUAUGGCAUUCUGAUAUUUUGACAAGGACAAAAGUGAUUAUAUUAUAGUUGAUGAAUUUCAACAAGCUUGGCAGAACAUAACAUAAAUGAUGUUUUCCCUGAAGAUAUUAUCAAGAAAGUUGAUCAAGAUAGCGCAAGUCAUUUACACUUGUAAUAGGAAAUCCUAGUAGGAUGUUCAAAGUUAUCUCUAAGUGUAAAUCAUUUUUUUUUAAAUAAGGCUUUUAUAUAUAAUGAAUAUAGAAAUAUUGAUUUUUAAUUUAAU